AAAUAAGGCUAGACAGCAAACUGCAACUCUAGUAACCCACGAUCCACCCUCGUUUGGUACCUCCAGAGGGCUGGCUCUUGGGUUUUAGGGUCCAGAUCGACAUAUAGUUGAGGUCCGUUACCAUGGCUGUAUAAACAACCUACCCAACGCGCCGCUGCUUUCCACACUCAUUUCGCUGCUGAAUGGAAUGGAUGGUAUGUUGGUGGUGUCGCUGGUGUUUUGAUCUAUGGAUGCAUGAAUGAUUCGCUGCGCACCGCAGCAGCAAAAGCAACAGCGACGUAAUGACACCAGAAAACAAUUGAAAUAAUUCUAGCAGAAAUUUUCGUUAGCUCACCGACCCAGGGCAGCAAACUUUGUUCGUGGUGUGUGUGUUUGACCAUUUUUUCCGUGGCUCAGUUUUCAUUUCAACUCCGAGCGGACUAAAAGUUGCAGCGAAAAAAGCGAAAUUUCAGUGAAAUAUACCUAUAUUUUGUGGUUGGAGAAAAACCUGCUUAAAAAGGCGUACGAUAAUUAAUAAAUGCGCUUAAAUGCGCCAUGAACUAUGCAAAAGUGAUGUGCAAAAAGUGAGAGCUAACAAGUGAGCGUUGCAACUGGCAAUCAUGUGGAAUGCAUUAAGGAUUCAGCAGAUUUUGCGGCUACUCCAGAUUCUGAUUCACCUGUCGCCGCUCUGUUCUGCCCAACAGACGCACAUUAAGUUGGAGCAGGGCGAUCUCAUUGGGCUCAAGGUCUUUCCGGAUGGGACACGUGGCGCUGUCUACGCCUUCUUGGGCAUUCCCUACGCCCAGGCUCCCCUCAACGAGCUGCGAUUUGCUGUAACUUGCUGUAAAGGAACUUAAAUCACAUAGUUUGUAGGACAAUUUCAUUUCCGCAAUAUUUGACUUUUGGUUUUUAAAAUCAUUGACCAGUCAUUUGGGGUUAAAAUGAGUUCUUUUUAAUUGGCCCAUUGAUUACCCUGAGAUAAAUGAGAUGUUUUCGUUUCCAGCUCGCCAAGCCGAGCGCCAGUUUCAAUCGCACCCUCCAGGCCACCACCAUGCAGCCCCUCUGCCCGCAGCUCGCGAACACCAUUUACGACGAGAGCUCCGAUGGCGGCAUGCCCAGAUCAGUGAGCACCGACGAGGACUGCCUGUACCUGAACAUUUGGACACCGGAGUCGGGCAUGCGGUACGGCAAGCUGCCCAUAGUGGUCAUUGUCACGGGUGAGGAGUUCGCCUACGACUGGCCCAGAAACCGCAUCAAUGGCUUGGAUCUGGCUGGAGAGGGCAUUGUGGUGGUCAGUGUCCAGUACCGAAAUAAUAUCUACGGCUGGCUGAGUCUGGGGGAACAGCACCGUAAUGUACCUGGAAAUUAUGGACUAAGCGACGUUCAGAUGGCACUGCGUUGGAUUCAAAGGAAUGCAAAUGCCUUUGGCGGCAAUCCAGAUCACAUUACGCUUCUGGGGCAUGGGAGUGGAGGAGCCCCUCUGGCACUGGUUGCUACAUUGCAGGAUUCCAGCUUGGUAAAACAACUGGUGCUCAUGUCACCCGGUCCUAUAAUGCGUACCUUGGGCCAGAAUCACCAAAAGCGGAUAGUGGAAACUGGUCAGGUGCUGGUACAGAAAUUGGGCUGCCAAUUUGAGGAGGCCCAACGUCGCCAGUUGAUGGGUUGUCUUAGGCGCAAGUGCCGGGAGGACUUGCUGCGUGCCUACGAAAGCGUCUAUAACCAUGGCAACGGAAGCUCCCAGCUGGGCGUGAUUCUACCCGACGGAUUGCCACUCGAACAACGCCUUCGAAACAGAACAUUGCCCCCCGUACUUCUAGGCAUCACCUCCAACGAAGGCGCAUUCCUGCAGGACUACUGGCUGGAUGUGGCCAGGGAGGGUCAGGUGGCGCUUCAUAGGUACAUCAAUAACACAGUGUUGCCAAGUGUGAUGCGAGCACUAGAAUCGGUGGGUGAGGAGAGCGCCUCCCAGCUGGCGGCCAUUAGAUGGAGGUACUUCAGUGGCAAGGCAGAGGGUGUCAGCCACUUGCUGACUGGAAUGCAACGUCUACUCUCGGAAUCACUCUAUGAGUUACCUUUCUCACGAAUCUUGGAGUUUUUAAAUGGAACCACUAGCUACGCCUAUGUAUUCGACCAGUCCCACUCGAUGGACAUGCGAGGCAAAAGGAAUCUUUUCGGGGGAGCCUCCCACAGCUCGGAUCUGCCACUUCUCCUAGGUCCGAGUCUGUUCCAGCAGAUAGCUCGUCGAAGAUUUAGUGGCGAGGAGGAGCAGCUAUGUCGGAAAGUAAGAGGAGCCUUUGCGAACUUCAUUAAAAAUGGCAAUCCCACUCCGGGGCGAAUAUACGACGGAUGGUUACCCUACAACAAAGAGAACCCAUUCGUGUAUAGUUUGGGAGAACAAGCAAAGACUCCGCAGACAGGAUCAGUGGAUGAAUCCGAGGUGGAUAAGCUACUUAAGGGGGAGUCAGAAGGUCCAGGACAAGAUAGAAGCUUAUCGCGUAGCAACCGCCACGAUACCUAUAGAGCAGCACCCUCAAAUUCCUACACGGCCAGCAAUCAACUGGAUUCAGGAUACUCCAAUCACUUGCAAAAGGUUUACGGAUUCUGGCAGGUGCUAAUGCCACUGGAAAGAGAGGAUGAUUUGAGGGGAGGAGGAGCUCUGGGCCAGCGAGUUCGACUCCGGGAAGUGAGUGCCGAUGCAGCACGCUACCGUCAGGGAUUCUAUGCAAUGUUGGGACUGGUGUGCCUACUCCUGGCCUGCCUGUGCCUGUGCGUUUAUCUUCUCAAAAGAGACCCGAAUGCAAUGCGACGACGCAGCGCAUCCUCGACUUCAGAUUGCUACAGCUUAUGACAUA